AUGAGGGCUCAAAUAUCUGCAUCUGUUAUGCGAGAGGCUCUAACCAAGCCUUGGAACGCGAUGCAGAUCUUCCAAGGCAAUAACCUACUAGCAAGACUCCCGGAGCACUACAAGAAGUUCUACUGGGAGUGGAAAGCAGCGCCCAAGGCACCCGUCCACUACAUUCCAGAGGAGGGGAAUUUCAAGAAGCUGCCAAAUGGAGAGAUACAGCCUGUUCAGAAUGUACCACUUAAAUUGUUGCAGCCCAAAGAAAUACAUGAAGGAAUCUGGGGAGGUGAAGCUAUUAUCAAAGGAUUUUAUAAGAGAAAGCCUUAUAUUCGUCGCAUGCCACACUAUUGGGUCCCGACGUUGAAGAAAACAGUUCUGUACUCAGAAAUAUUGGAUCGAUAUGUGAAUAUUACUGUCACAGAACGGACACUCAACCUUAUAGAUGAAAAUUAUGGCCUUGACAGUUACAUCUUAAAUACACCACCAGCUGAUCUCAUGUCGGAACUAGCGUUGAAGUUGCGGAGGGAAAUGCUGCUCAGCUUGGCCCAGGGGACGCUGCAUCCAGACAACCCUGCAAAGAAGGAAGAGCUGCUGAAAAAAUUUGAUAAACAUAUCAUUCCGGCUGAAGAAGCGGAGUGGUACGGACUGAGCAUAAAGGAAGCAGCUACAAAGCAGAAGAUAAUUGAGAUGAAGGCGAGUGCCCCCGUUCCCCUGAAAGAAGCCUUCAGGCAAGAGUUCAUCGAGUAUCUGAAGACGAACAAGGUGGACAUGGAGGAAAUCAAAGGAGAGAUUACGUCAAGCACCUCUGGCAGUAAUUGGAUAUCCAGUCUUAAUCCAUUUGGUAAAAAGUGAAGGAAAAGAUUAUUGACAUUGUAUAGUUUAUCUUUCAAUUCCAUUCAAAUGUGUACAUAGAUAGAGGCCUUGAAAUAAAUGUUUGUUUGUUUUUUC